GUCCAAGGUGGCCUCAAGGGAGGACUUCUGCACACAGCUCCCUCCUCAGAACACGAGGUUCCCGAUUCUGCCACCUUGCCAUGAGGCUUCUAGUGCUUUCCAGCCUGCUCUGCAUCCUGCUUCUCUGCUUCUCCGUCUCCUCCGCAGAAGGGAGAAGGCGUCCUGCCAAGCCCUGGAGAGCCAGGCCCUGCUGCCAGCGAGUUCCGAGCCACAACCUGGCAGCCCUGAAAGGACACCUCCCAGGACACCGUGCAAGGCUCUGCAGACUGUGCAAGCUCAACCCAGGGACCAGCUCUUGGGUGGUGCCUGGGGCACUCCCGCAGGUUUAGCGCUCCCGAAGCCAGUCGCUGGACAGAGGACACCCUCAUGCCCAGUGCCUGAGCCACCCAGCAGCCUCCAGUUGCCCCUUUCAACUUUCAGGGCAAUGAGCUGCGAUGUUGGAGGGCUUCAUCACGGGCACAGGGGCCCUGGGAAGGUUCUAGGACUCCUGGUCCCAGUCCCCAGUCUCUGGUAGUUGAGGAUUCCACCAUGACCUGUGGCAGCUACCAAUCCAGAGAUACCCUUGCCCGCUGGAGUGCAGGGUGGCCAGCCAAGCCUGCAGAGUCUCGGUCGUCCUCAGAUCCAUGUGACCUCCUGGCAUUUAACCACCCAGCAUGCAAUGGCCCAUGAGGGACUCCCAUCCUGACUUCCUGACAUGAGUCUGCAGGAAAGAACAUCCAAUCCAAACACACAAAUGAUAAAUAAAUAAUCCAACAAAA